CUUAUUCGGGACCACGCUUCUUUUUACUUGUUCUUCCAACCUGUGUGACGUCAUGAUCGAAACCAGAUGGUACUUUCCUUCAGUUAUUUUCACUUCAGUAGUCGAGAGCGAGCGACCACAGGUUUCGGUCACAGUGAAAGCCACGAAACCGGUCAAACAAACAUUGUCGCGAGUGAAGGCUUUACUCAACACCUGUAAGUGAAUGAAACUUCUCAUUUGGAUUUAAUUCUAAUAAUUCAAAAGGAAAAAAAAAAUUAAAAUGGAACUUCGCAAAUUGUAAUUCUAUUUUGAAAAGAAGUCAUCACUUAAAUAUUGCUGCCUGUACAGAGAUGCAAGAAAUCGAAUCAAUUGAUUAAAAGUUACAGAAACAAGCUGGAGGAUUCUGAAAAUGCCUUAAUAUUUAUUAGCAGGCCUUUUGAAUAGCUGAGCAAUAACUAGUGGACCAUGAAGGUGCUACCAAUAUUGUUAUUCAUCUCUGAAGCCUUUCUGAGGUAUGUUGUUGCUCAGGAAGGUAAGAGAGACGAUACUCAUGUUGAAAAUGUGGUUCGACAAGCUGUUGCAGAUGAAUUCAGCAGUGAAAUUCUUACCAACAGAACAAGAGCAUACCUUUCCUGUGCUUCUGGUGAAAUGGUCAUCAAACUGAAUUUCUCGGAACCUUUUCGAGGAGUCACUUAUACAGAUUACGAUCGCUCCAGUCCCUGCAAAUUUUAUGGGGAUGGAAGUCGAUAUUAUGAACUUCGCAUCCCUCUCAAAGGGUGUGGAACUAAACAAGAAGCACCUCGAGUAUUUAUCAAUAACAUAAUUGUCCGCUUCCAUCGUUCCUUGGAACUUGAAGAAGAUGAAAUAAAGACCAUUAUUUGCCGUUAUCCUCCGCCAUUGGCUCCGACUCAAGUACCAAUUGUUCUGCCUCCUCCGACAGCUGCUGUACCAGUUAUUGUACCACCUAAACUUUCUGAAGUCGAACUUCUUCUCAUAAUAUGUGCUUUGCUGUUUCUUACUUUAUUGCUACUGGGUAUCGGAAUUGCUUACUACUGUCUCAAAAAGCGAAAUAUUAAAGUUAUUAAGAAGAAAAAAGCUAUAUCUUCGAGCCCUGGCUCUGAAAUCACGAAACUCAGCGGCUCCACUAUGGGGACACUUUCUAUGUUUGAUCCCAUACGCAUACCUAGAGCCAUUGCUCAGUCUACAUCAGGUUCUGAAGCUGCUCUUCUUACUUCUCUGUCUUCUCAGAACGGAUCUGGAGAUCACAGCGAUACAAUACCAUCAGAUUAUCCAAGCGAAUCACCUUCUUCAGUGAAUUCUGAUGUUGAAGAAAUAGAAGGCGGAAGAAGAAUGAUGAUAAAUGACUUAUCUACAAUGAGAAGCGAUCACUUUAAAUACGAGAAUACAGCUUUCAUUCCAGAUGAGACAAGUAGUAUAGUAUCUGGAUAUCCAGAAGACCAAGAGAAAGCUGCUAGUGUCUCAUCCAUUCCUGUUACUCAAAUAAUGAAACCUCCUGAGCCACCGAAGAAAAAAUUGAAGACAAAAGUAGCCAGAGAACAAGUAUUAACUACUAUAUCCGAAAGAGAAGAUGCCAUGCUGCAACGAGAAGCUAUGCAGAGAUCCUAUGCUGCAGUUAGCUCCAUUCCACACCAACUCAAUCCGCCAGUAAACUAUACUCAAACAUACAUAAGAGAAGCUCCUCCCAAGCCGCCAUCUUCGUAUGCACCUUCUCUGUACGGCAGCAUUCCAGACAAUGACAAUCGCUCUCAGGCUGAAUUCCUUGAAGAUAUCCCUGUUGCAAUGCAUAAACCGCCUUCGUCAUACGCGCCAUCUCUAAAAGGAAGCAUCCCUGAUAAUGAUAUCUGGUCGCAUUCAGAACUGGAAAGUGAAGUAGCUGUAAUGCCUUACGUAAGGAAACCAAAACGGGAAACUGCAACUGUAACCGAUUACUAUUUGAGUUCUCAAAAAACAACAGAUAUUGAAGACGAUAUAAGGCAUUUGAAGAAAACUACUACACUGCAGCACAAACCGAAAACGCCACCACUUUCCCCUGUUUAUGAUUCAGAGCCAGAAGUAUCCGAAACAUAUGUGUCAAAGGCUUUAGUUCCUAGGAAGCCGAAAAUUAUUGUCCAAAAUAUUGAUGAUGUUUUCCUGACAACUACAACAGAAGUUCAUGCAACUGAAACAGUAACAAAGAAAACUAAAGAUACCAUACUGCAGCACGUAAAAUCUCCUCCGCAGUCAACAGAACCACCAUCUUCCACAGGAACUCCGCCAUCAAAUUGGGAUGUCACAAUCAGACAUUAUCCAAACCAGCCUCCAACAGAUACCUUUGAGACAGAUGAUAAAUAUUUGGAACGUAGAUGGGAUGCAUAUUCAGAAGUCAGUGAAAAAUUCCGUGAUGCAGAGAGUACGACAACAGAAAUACCUGCUCAGCGCAGACCCCGCCAUCCAUCCGAACAUUCCACCGCCUCUACUCCUAAAUAUUCAGGUUCACCUUACAAUACCGUACAUAGAGUUACAAAAACUAUUCCGCACCCUACAUAUACCAGCAUUAUUUACAAAGUCUUAGAACCACCACCAGUAGAGGGAGUAGAACAGCUAACUCAAGAAAUUAAAGAGAAAUGGCGUACUGUCAUUACCACAGAUGAAACAUUCCGAUAUCUUGUUCAAGAGGCUACAACUGUUGAAGAAUAUAUCCGAAUAACAAAAGAUUCCCGAUACGAAAAAAUGUUCGAUACGCGAACGUGGAACGUCAUUAUUCGAGCGCUAAGCACCCCUGACGACAGGUAUCCCCCAGCCCAAAUGGAGCCACCUCCAGAUGUCCGAAAUCCACGUUACAAGAAAAAGAACGAUGUUGAACCUCCCCGAAAUCGGCGAAGCUCGUUACCUCCAGUGACAGAAUUCUCUCUGUCUCGUGACGCCCCUCCAUCCAUUAGUGGUAGCGUUCGAUCGAGGAGAACUUCAAGAUCUGGUUCAAUGCCAGACUAUGAUCUCAGAUCAAUGACGGAAGUUGAUGUCGACUUCGCUCACGCUGAUCGAGAAUCUCUUUGGAGCGUUGAUACGGGAUACACAUACAAAACUGCGAGAAGCCUUGCUGAACGAUCCACUUCAGAGUUCCUGGAAGAUGUGCCAACCAUUGUAGCUGAACGCCCCACGCAAUAUAGAGGCGUUCAUCAACAAUCUCACUACUACGUAGAACAAUCAGCAGCUGAAUUUGUUCGAUCACAAGAUUCUUACCAUAGAGACUCGACAAGCAGAGAGUUUGGUGAAGGUGAUUACUUGCAGCGAGAUCCCCUUCAACCAAUUACCAGUCCGCAGAAACCUUCAAGACCCCGAUUCUUGGAACGUUCUUCGACUGAAUAUUUCGAAGAUGUUCCAACCCUCUCUUUGCCUGAUUUAAGGCAAUCUUCUACAGAAGUUUCAUCGAUCACCGAACGGCGAAUGGACAAUGUCGUUCAUGAACUUCGCCAAAAGGGAAGAUUUUCUCGUUCUGAGGUCAUAAUUGAUUCUCCAAUUGUGAGAGCAAUUGAUAGAACCUCUAGUAUUGGCGAGAGGGAAGAAAUUAAAUCUGUUACAGAAACCGAUGUUGCGGACUGGAAAAGAUGAGCGAAAUGACAUAUAGACUUCUAACACAUUGCAUAGGAUCGAUUUGUCGAUUUAAUGCUUCGAAAGAAAAUAACAGCUUGUAAAAUAACACUGGUUAAAGUUUUAGUAGUGCCAGCUGUUGCUUCUUUCUCUUACUAUUUAUUUUUUUAUGUUAUAUACUGUAUGUUUUUAUUACCUUAAAUUUCUAAAACACUUAUGUAUAAAUUGUUUUUUAAUGUUAUUAAAUGCAAGAAGUUAAAUUUUUUACGAAUUCACUUUCAAGGCGAGAACCUAUUUUUUCAAUCAAAAAUUAGUUCCGAUUUGAAAACACAUCACUACUUUUAUCGAACAAUAUUAAUUUUUAUCACAUCUUUUCCUUGAAAAAUUCGU